AUGAGUUUAACAAUAAUACACAUAUUCUCAGUAUCUUUUUUGGGAUAUGAUAAUCUUUCCUUUGAUAAAGAAAUAACUUAUCCAGUGGAAUCAUAUUCAUCUCAAAAUUCGUUAGCUAGUGAUGAUUUUAAUAAUCAUACUUAUCUAGAUCUAGUAAUUGCAAAUUACAAUACAUCUACUAUAACUAUUUUUCUAAUAAGUAGGGAUGCUUUAUUUAUCAAUCAGACAUUAUAUUCUACUGGUUCGGAUUCAUUUCCAAGUUUAAUUUCUGUGAAUCAUUUCAAUAAUGACGCGAAAUUAGAUAUUAUAGUUACUAAUCCUGAUAGUAGUACUUUAGGUAUGUUUCUUGGAAGAAAUGAUGGUACAUUUGAAAAUAUGAUUAUCUUCUCAUUUGCAUAUGGAUCUCAUUCAUUUUCAAUUAUCGUUGGCGAUUUUAAUGAUGAUCACAAAUUGAACUUUGCCAUUGGAAAUGUUGACAGUAACACUUUAGAUAUUCUUCUGCAGACUUGUUGA